AAAAAAUAUCCAAAGGACGGCUCGAUUCGCCGCACGAACUCCGAGGCGCACGAGCAAAUGCGCGGCCUCGCCGCCGCCGCCGCCUCCUCCUCCUCGCCGCGCCGGCCUUCGAGCGAGGGCCACCGCCGUGCCCGCCUGUAGUCCGGCGUGAGCCGAGGUCUGCGAGCUCCUCCCGUUGUCCCCCGGGAGGGGGUGGGGGGGAGGGGGUGGGGAGGGGCGGGGCUAAGCUGCUUUGCCCCGCGCAGACGAAGGGCGGGAUGAAGGGCGGCCAGGCGGGCGGCGCGACCCCGGCGAAGAGGCGCUGGAGGAGCGUGGCAGCCGCGAGCGCCGCGCUUGCGCUGCUGUUCCUCUCCGUCGGCGUGCCGCUCGCCGUGCUGCUCGGCCUCCACCAGCGCUUCCCGUCCAUGUAUUUGGCCGACGAGGGCGCCGUGUCGGUGUUUGGAGGCCGUGAGGGUGGUAGCUGGAAGCUGAACACCUCGCAGGAAAAUGACAGGUUGCCAUUCAACGACAUGAACAAAUUUCCACCAUUAAUUGAAAAGGACUUGAGUAAAACAAAUACCAGUAAUUCUGAGGCAGAGAGCAAUUGGAUCAACAGUCAACCAAAUAUUGACAAACCAAUUAGCAAUACCUCAAUCCAUCCAGACCUUAUCGAGCAAGUCGUGAUUUUUGACGAUUCACCAUUAUUGAAUAUUACUGAUGCUGAUCAUAAGGAGAAUUUUGAACAAGGUUUACCUGGUGAUGAGAGUAUAAAAUCCUGCCAGCUAGAAUUGGGAAGCUAUUGUGUUUGGUCUGUAGAACGCAAGGAAUUAAUGAAAGAUUCUAUAGUGAAGAGACUUAAAGAUCAGCUCUUUGUUGCAAGAGCUUACUAUCCAAGCAUUGCAAAACUUGAGGGGAUGGAAAAACUUUCACAGGAAAUGAAGCAAAGUAUCCAAGAGCAUGAGCACAUACUCAGUGAAGCCAUAUGUGAUGCUGAUCUUCCUAAACUUCAUGGAGUCAAUAUGGCAAAGAUGGCAAAGACAAUAGCUGCAGCAAAAUCAUCUCCAACAGAAUGCACUACCUUUGAGAAAAAGCUGAGGCAAUUGCUUGAUAUGACUGAGGAUGAAGCUCAUUUUCAUGCAAGACAAGGUGCAUAUCUUUACAGGCUUGGAGUUCAGACAUUGCCUAAGACCCUCCAUUGCCUUUCGAUGAGAUUGACAGUAGACUACUUUAAGUCGUUUGCUGACAUGGAGCACUCUGAUACGCAAAAGCUUGAAAAUCCAGUUCUCCAGCACUAUGUUAUUUUCUCUACUAACCUUCUUGCAUCUUCCAUGACUGUCAACUCGACUGUGAUAAAUUCUGAGGAAUCAGCAAAUAUGGUUUUUCAUGUUAUUACUGAUGCACAGAACUUUUUUGCAUUUAAGAAUUGGUUCAUCAGAAAUUCUUACAAGGAUGCUACUGUCAAUGUUCUUAAUUUUGAAGAUUUCCAAGCAACACAUUUUGAUAAUAGGAGAGUUGAACACUUAUCACCAUCUGAGGAGUUCCGGAUCACAUACCGUAGCAAUACCCGAAAGCGGGACACCGGGAUGAGAACUGAAUAUAUUUCAGUGUUUGGGCACUCCCUUUUCUUACUUCCUGAACUGUUUAGCAAUCUUAAACGUGUAAUUGUUUUGGAAGAUGAUACUAUAGUCCAGAGAGACUUGUCACUUAUAUGGAAUCUUGAUUUGGAAGGAAAAGUGAUUGGUGCUGUACAGUCUUGUCGAGUUAGAUUAUGGCAUCUCAAACCAUACUUGGUUGAAUUCCCAUAUGAUGCUAGUUCAUGUAUCUGGAUGUCUGGAGUGAGUGUUAUUGAUCUCAGUAAAUGGAGGGAGCAUGAUGUGACUGGGGUUCAUAAUCAAGUACUACAAAAGCUGCAGCAUGGCACUGAAGCGUCAUGGAGAGCUGCAGUGCUACCUGCAGGCCUUCUUGCUUUUCAAAAUCUGGUCCAUCCUAUUGAAGCACAGUGGAUCCAGUCUGGUCUUGGUCAUGACUAUGGAGUUAAUCAUGGUGCUAUAAAGAAAGCUGGCAUAUUGCACUACAAUGGCAACAUGAAACCUUGGUUAGAACUCGGCAUACCACGAUACAGGAAAUAUUGGAAAAGGUACCUGCCAAGGGAUGAUCCAUUUAUGAUAGAUUGCAAUGUGAAUCCAUGAAUAAGGCAAUUUUGUUUGUCCUGGAGUUUGGAAGUUCAUGGGCUAUGAAUGGCACCACCUUGUGCAAUAUGGGAAGAGUUUGUAACUGUAUGAACGGAAGAGGCGGGAGAUUUGAUGAGAGGAGAGAUGCUUCAGUGAGCGCCGCACCAACUAACGAGGGUUUUUCAGGAUGUUGUUGAGAUACCAAGAGAAUUGAUCUUUUUGCAAACUGGCUUUAUACCGUAGUUUGUUACAUUUGUUCUUUGAAUCAAUGUACAGUAAGGACUGGGCAGAGGUGCUGAUUUCUACACCAGCAUCACAGCAUGGUGGAGGAUGUUGUAGUUUAGAAGAGCCUUUUGGGCUUGUAGAUUCACUAGAUUAGGUUCUUGGGGAAUUGACCAAUUGUUUUUUCCUGCAUAUAUUCUAUGCUCGUUUUGUUGAAACCAUGCUUUCAAUUUGUUGACGCCGUUGAUACUGAUUGCACCUGUAGUCAUGCAAUGGAAAGAUUUGUCGUCUCUCUCCAAAUGCACAUGUGAU